CUCAUCGGAAGAAAUUGACAGGCUUUUGAUUUUAGCCCACCCACCUUCCUUCAAUCUCUCACCAGACUUAAUUUGCACAAAAAAGUCAUUCUCCAACUCGGAUUGGUUUAUUCAGAGUCAUCGUGACCGCAAAUUCCCAAUUGCCGUAUGAACAGGGGACUUGACUAUUGAAUUCUUCAUAGCCUUGGUAAUCCGCAUCAUUCUUCACCUAAUUGCUAAGCGGGCUUUGAGUUUGAGCCAUGUCCGUCGAGAUUCUUUUUCUGGUCUCUCUGCUAGUAGUUUUGACUUACGCUCAAGGGACGGGUUUCGUGUACAACGGUUUCAGAUCGGCCAAUCUGAGCCUCGACGGGAUCGCCGAGAUCACCUCCAAUGGCCUCCUGAAGCUGAACAACGAUACCAAUCAGCAGGGCCACGCCUUCCAUCCCUACCCGGUCCAAUUCAAGAACUUGCCGAAAGGCUCCGUCAAAUCCUUUUCCACCACAUUCGUCUUCGCGAUUCGACCUCUUUAUGAGAGUAUGAGAGGCAGCGGCUUUGCCUUUGUUGUCGCGCCCCAGAGUGGCUUCCCUGGGUCCCUGCCGGGCCGAUAUCUCGGCAUGUUCAAUGAAACCAACAAUGGCAAGUUCAGCAAUCAUGUGUUUGGGGUAGAACUCGACACAUUCCUCAGCGUCCAGUCUCAGGACCUUAACUAUAAUCACAUCGGGAUCGACUUGAACGGGCUGACGUCAGUAAAGUCAGCUCCGGCGGGGUAUUAUCAAGAUAAUGGGGAGUUCAACAUCUUGUCCCUAAUCAGCGGUCAAGAAAUGCAAGUUUGGGUGGACUAUGAUGGUGCGGACAAACUGAUCAAUGUCACAUUGGCUCCGAUCCAUGUGCAAAAACCGAAGAUUCCCCUUCUGUCUCUUCGACGGGAUCUCUCACCAAUCAUCAACGAGAACAUGUAUGUGGGCUUCUCAGCAUCGACUGUAAAUCUCCUAACUUCUCACUAUGUUCUGGGUUGGAGCUUCAGUGUGAAUGGAGAGGCUCAGACACUUGACCUCUCCCAACUUCCUAAGCUUCCUAAGCUUUCUCAGAUCCGUAAGAAGGAAACAUCAAAAGUACUGACCAUCGGAUUACCACUGACGGUUCUUUUCAUUGUAUCGAUGCUGAUCUCGGGCGCAGUUUACGUGAUGAGAAGGAAAAGGGAAUUGGCCGAGGUCCUUGAAGAUUGGGAGAGGGACUACGGCCUGCACCGGUUCAAGUACAAAGAUCUCUACAUUGCGACAAAAGGAUUCCGGGACCAACAGUUAUUAGGGACUGGUGGGUUCAGGCAGGUCUAUAGAGGAAUCUUAUCCACAUUGAAUAUAGAGAUUGCGGUAAAGAGGGUCUCUCAUGAAUCAAGAGAAGGCAUGAGAGAAUUUGUAGCGGAGAUAAUCAGCAUCAGUCGGCUCCGUCACCGCAACUUAGUGGCGCUCCUCGGUUACUGCCGCAGGAAAAGGGAGUUGCUCUUGGUUUACGACUACAUGCCCAAUGGGGGCCUCGACAAGUACCUCUAUAACCAACCAAAGGUCACCCUUAAUUGGAUGCAAAGAUUACGGGUGAUCAAAGGAGUGGCGUCCGGGCUGCUUUAUCUGCAUGAAGGGUCGGAGCAAGUGGUAAUCCACAGGGAUAUAAAGGCUAGUAACAUCUUGUUAGAUGCUGAAUUUAAUGGAAGACUCGGAGAUUUUGGGCUCGCGAGACUACACGAUCAUGGAACCGACUCUCAAAUGACUCACGUCGUGGGAACGUUCCGUUAUCUGGCCCCCGAGCACAUGCAAACCGGCAAGGCCACUACGAGCACCGACGUGUUUGCGUUCGGAGUGUUUUUGCUCGAGGUCGCCUGCGGGAGAAGGCCAAUCAAGCAAGGGGAAACGGAGGACGUGAUCUUAGCGGACUGGGUAUUUUCUUGCUGGGACAGAGGUGCAAUUCUCGAGGCAAGAGAUCCGAAAUUGGGGUUGGAGUUUGUGGGAGAAGAAAUGGAAUUGGUGCUGAAACUCGGGUUGAUGUGUUCCCACUCCGAUCCGUUGAUGAGGCCAAGCAUGCGUCAAGUAUUGCAGUACUUGGAGGGCGAUCUUCCGAUGCCUAAAUUGUCCUCCAUCAGAAUCUCGUCUGCGGGGUUAACGUUUGUUCAUCGCCAAGCUUUCGACAAUUUGGCGCACUCAUCUUCUGUCACAAAUCGCUUCUCUCAGGUGGGCGAUGAGCCUCCUGGUGUAGUUUCUGAUUUUCUUCCUUCCCUCCCGGUAAAGCGAGACAAUGUGCAGAUCUAAAAUUUGCAGGUUCCGAGAGUCAUUCCGGUCCUAGUCAUUAGAAAGAAUGGGUGCGAAGAGCUGGCGGAAGGAAACAACCGUAUGGAGAGAAGAAGAAAAGAGAGAGACGUGUGACAAAGGGUAGAAUUUUCUAGGUGCAAGUGGGUUAUUAGCAAGGUGUAGUGUAGGUGCAUGUACCCUAAUCAUCUCAGUGGUUGCCUGAUUUAUGAUGUUUUUACAUGUUCUCUUGGAACAGAAAACUUUCUCAUAUCA